UUUUGGCGUCGAGUUGAGUGACUAGGCGAAGACGCGGUUAAAACAUUUUAACUAAGAAUUAUUGUAAUUUUUAUUUCGUGAUAACUAUAGUUUAAUCUUUCACAAGUAUUAAAAAUGGUGGACAGGAUUGAUAUGGCUUUGGACGACAUCAUAAAAGCAAGCAAAGGAGGAAGUAGAAGAGGCGGUGGUGGCGCAGGCAGAAAGUUUGAUACUAACAAAAGACCUGGCCGUGGAGGCGGCGGAGCUGGUGGUGGAUUCCGCAAUGGUCGCUCCGGUGGCGUAUUGCGUGGAAGAAAUCGUGGCGGUGUUUCCAAACCAACAAAUUACACAAGGGGUGAUGUUAACAGCACAUGGAAACAUGAUAUGUUUUCGGACUUUGGCGAGAGGAAGAUGCAAAGAAGCGGACCCAUCACUAUGGGGCCCACAAAGCUCAUGGUCUCCAAUUUGGACUUUGGAGUUUCUGAUUCAGAUAUUCAAGAGCUAUUUUCUGAAUUUGGCAUUUUGAAAAGUGCCGCUGUACAUUAUGACAGAUCUGGAAGGUCCUUAGGGACUGCUGAUGUUGUGUUUGAAAGGAGAGCUGAUGCUUUAAAAGCCAUGAAACAAUAUAAUGGAGUACCUCUAGAUGGCCGCGCAAUGAAUAUCCAGUUAGCAACUUCAGAAAUAAGCACCUUUAGAACUGAAGAAAGAGGAGGAGGUCGGCUUGGUGGUGGUGGCGGUGGCGGAGGUCCUGUCAGGAGAAAUUCUAACAGAGUGGGAGGUGCUGGCAGAACUCAAGGUGGUGGUGGAGGCGCCCCACGAGGCGGCGCCCGACGUGGCCGCGGUGCCGGCGCGGGCCGGGGCCGCCGCCCUGUCCCCACGGCAGAACAACUUGACGCCGAAUUAGAUGCCUAUGUCAAAGAAAUUAAGUAAAUAAUUAUUAGGAAAAUAGUGCAGUGAAAUGGACACUUUGUUUAUAUAUUAAGGAAAAUUAACACUGUCUGUGUUGAAUUUAUUGAUGAAAUGAGAUGGAAAAAAUGUUUAGUUAUAAUAUACUAGUUUCAGUAGAGUAUGAUAUUUUUGAUGACAUCUGUUGAAAUUGUGGUUAGACAGUUUUCCAGCAGAAAGAAAUUUUCAAUAAAAGAAUUUUGAUAAUUG